AUGGCGAUUGCCGCUGCAGUAUCCAGUAAUGACGUGCUCAAGGGCGUGCCCGAAAAUGUCCUCCGAGAACUACAGAAAAUGAAAAGCAUGUUUACUAUCAAUCGAGAGACACUGAGAACAGUUACGGACAAGUUUGUGACAGAGCUCGAGAAUGGACUGUCAUCCCAUGAGAAUGAAAUACCAAUGAACAUAACUUGGGCGACAGGAAGGCCUACUGGUCAGGAGCAAGGGACAUUUAUUACUAUAGAUCUGGGCGGGACGAAUCUAAGGGUGUGCAAGGUCGAACUCACAAAGCAGCUAGGAGGAUACAAGAUCACUCAGCGGAAGUUCAAGCUACCAGUGCAGCACCGACAACGCUCCGUCGAUGAUCUCUGGGCCCUGGUCGCGGACAAAUUAAAAGAAUCCCUGGAGAGUCAGCAUAUCACAAAGGGCAGGGAGGCGCUUCCUUUGGCAAUUACGUUCUCCUACCCGCUAACUCAACAUAAUAUCAGACGUGGGUCUUGCAGCGUUGGACGAAGGGCUCCAAUAUUUCUGGCGUUGAGGGACAUGCCAUCGUUGCCCAGCUGGAGCACAUCAUUGCACAGAGAGGACAAUCUGCCCGUGGAGAUCGUGGCUCUUGUGAACCACACGACGGGGACAUUGGUGGCAACAGCCUAUCAAUAUGCCCAAGUCAAGGUUAGUAGUAUAUUUAUCACAGGAUGCAAUCCUGCCUACAUAGAAGAUUGUGGAUUAGUUACCAAAAUUGCGAGCUAUGACCUUCCAGCUGGCAAGGAGAUGGCCAUACACAAGGGGUACGGAGCGUUCAACAACAGUCAUUCGGUAUUACCUCGUAACGUGUUUGACGAGGCGAUCGAGAGUACAUCGCGACCAGGACAGCAGACGUAUGAGAAAAUGGUCGCCGCACUGUAUUUCGGAGAGCUUGUCCGUUUGAUCAUCUUACAUCUUCACCAUACAACAGGGCUAUUUACAGGUUGCGACCUCAGCCGGCUCGACCGUAUCCACUCAAUGGAGUCAACGUUCUUGUCGGCGAUGGAAGGUGGCCCCUUGGGCUCACUGGGUGAGAUGCAGGCAUUGUUUCGAGAACGAUUUAAUAUCGAACCUAAAACCAAAGAACUAAAGAUCUGUCGCCUUGUUGCGGAAAUCGCUUGCACACGCGCCGCGAGGCUGUACGCAUGUGGUAUUACCGCCAUCUGCAAGAAGAAAGGCAUUGAACCUUAUCACGUCGCGGUGGAUGCCUCAACCUUGUUCGGAGAAAGAGCUGCUGCUGCUCUGCGGGAGAUUUAG